AUGAUUCCAAUGUUUAAUGGCUUAUUCAAAUGUGAUCGGUGUGAUAAAUGUUUCGAUAAAGCUGCUUUUGUUAGUAAAACUGAAAAACCUACGAAAACAUGUAAUGAAUGUCGACAAAAAAUUUUAAAAACUUACCAUGCCACGAAGUCUAAUGAUAAUUCACUUUAUAAUUCGAACCCUAUUGAACCCAAUGAAAUGAAAAAAAAAUUAUUUGAAUCCAUUCUUGAAGUCGGAAAUAAUGAAUUUGUUGAAAAUGAAAAUUCUGGCAUAGAGUUUUUGUGCAAAAUAUCUAUUAUUUCCUUAAAAAGUGAGCCUCAUGAACUUGGAAAGACAAUUGCUGAAAUAGUAGGAUCUGUCAACGGGUAUUAUUACAU